AUGAUCAGUAUUCAGCUGAUGAGAACGCCGGACCUGGACCACAAUGAGCGAAUCUCAGCUUCACGUAUGACUUACUUCUUGAUCGUUACCGCACUAAUCUACACUCUCGUCAUCCCUGUGGAAGUACAGUCUCUUCGCCGAGAAUUCAUGGAAGCAUUAGCCGCUUCUCGAGUCGCUGAAAUCUCGCUGUUCUCGUCGGGAAUGGUCAUCACGUUCUUCCACCUCUUCCUCCGCACGAACGCGACACGAAUGGUCAUUCGUCCCAUCGAAGAACUCAAGGCGCCCGCGAAACAACAACGACCAAAGAUCCGUUUCUUCGGCCCUAGCGAUUUGGAGAUGCAGAUCAGUGGCCCGAUGGCAUUGCAGACAACUCAACGUUUACACAGUCAACAGGGUCUGAUCGAUGUUGGGCCAGAAAAGAACCGUGGUGACUUUGAUCCCCAGUACUUUGAACGACCAGAGCGGGCUUUGACACCGGCAUCGACCAAACCUGGAAGCCCUAUCGAUCCCACAAAGUGGCCUCUUCCACCUGCUCUCGACAACGAAACUACGAAACACGAGCGCACACGAAGCCAAAGCUAUUCCUUGUUUCCCACACGCGCUGAAGAGGUACCUCGUCUUCCACCAACCGUUUACGACCCCAAGGCUACGUCAGACGGUUCCUCUGUUUCCAAGCUUGCCCUGCGACGAUUUACUCGACGCGGCUCGGUCACGAAUGUCGGCGACGCUUGGGAUUUUCUGAGCAAGCCCAAACUACCGUUUGCAGAACGGCACCAACGCAUGCAAAGUACCGAUAGCAGUGCAACCGUCCAAAUUGGUCUCCGCUUCUCAGUUGCGCCUGCCACGCUUGCAGCAGCCAAGUGCACACGGGUUGAACGAGAGACCCCUCCGUUGAAGCGAGGUGCUACCGACAGCAGUGAAGCUUCGUUGGCUCUUCCGAUUCAGAAGCCUUCUACGACCAGCACAUCGCCAUCGCAGGAGAUGCUUAGCUCUAGCGUAUUCUCCCCUCCUCCCCCGCGUGGUGAGUCGCCAACACGACCCAGAGCGAACAGCCCAGCGCGGACUCCACCUUUCCCCAUCACACCGGCAGGUCAAUCCAGCGCUUACCUCCAGGCCCAACGCGAGAAGGUGCUACCCUCCCCACCCCCGAAGUCGCCAGCCUCCCCUCAACCCUCUGCUACUCCGGCAAAGCCUGCUGUCCCCGAACCUGCCUGCAUCAGCGGACUGCGCAUGAACCCUGUGACACCCGUUACAGCAGUUGGUUCACCUACAACAUCAUCGCAGCCAGGCACACCUGCGUCAGUCAACAACCUCACGCGAACGAACAGUGGCCAUGCCGCUCCGUCACCUACAGCCCGUAUUCCACUUGGCGCGGGCACGAUGCAACGGACGCCACGCAACGGCUGGAUCUAA